AUAACAUAUAUAUAAAAGAUAAUAGCAACUGAUUCGGUACCACUCUUCGGUAUCAGCAACUCUUUUGCCGCAAAGUUCAUUAGGCGCCACUAUACGAAAUUUUUUCUUCAUGAAAAUAUUAAAAACAGCAUUUACGCCAACAGCAAGUCAAGGCGUAAUUCUUGAAUGAUUUUAAUGAACUAGGUUUUAUUUUAAAGAUGAAGGUUUAAACGAGGAUAUAACUUUUUCGAAUCUUUCAAAAAGCUAUAUUUUUAUGUAUAAAGUAUUGUUAAAUUAUAUUUUGACACGAUCUUUUUCAUAGCAAAUAAAGCUUUUUCGAAAGUUCGAAAAAGUCAUGUUUUCGCUUGAACCUUCAUAUAUAAAAUGAGAUCUUGUUCAUUAAAAUCGUUUAAGAAUUACGCCUGUACUCAUUGUUGGCGUAAACUAUUACAAUACCAGGGAUGAUGAAUAGCCUUAAGCUUCAAUUGUAUAAAAGUUGCUACAGCGUUAGCACAAUAUAUUCCAUUUAAUUUUAAUAUGUUUGCCAGUGAGAGGUUAAUUUAUCAGUUAAGUUCACGUAUUAUUUCAAGACAUCUUUUGCCCGUAUUAAAUGUACUUGAUAGUGCAUGUUCUGUUUCAAUGAAAUAUUCCCCAUCAGCUUUUGUAAAAUAUUCUCAUGAUUUAGCUAUUCAACAAGUAUCUGCUCUAGACAGAUCAAAUUUACCAGUUAAUAAGUAUUGUUUGAGAUCACAUACUUGUGGUGAAUUGACAAGCAAAAAUCUUGGAACAACGGUACAGCUUAAUGGUUGGAUAGAAUAUCAAAGAAUGAAUAAAUUUAUAACUUUAAGGGAUGCAUACGGUUCUACACAGCUUAUAAUAUCUGAUGAUAGAGCAGAUUUAAUAGAGAUUAUAAAAGAUCUACCAUAUGAAAGUGUAAUACGUGUUGUUGGUAUUGUAAAUAUGAGACCUGAAGAACAAGUAAAUAAAACCAUGAAAACUGGUGAUAUAGAAAUACAAGUUGAUUCUAUAGAAGUUUUAAACAAAGCAUUAAAACAUCUUCCAUUUUCUAUUAGACAUUAUAAUAAAGCAAAGGAAAUAACACAAAUGAAAUAUAGAUAUCUUGCUUUAAGGUAUCCUGAAAUGCAAAAAAAUUUAAGAACACGUUCUAAACUUAUAGCAAAGAUGAGAGAAUAUUUAAUUAAUGAAUGUGACUUUGUGGAUGUGGAAACUCCAACACUUUUUAGAAGUACACCCGGGGGUGCACAAGAAUUUGUAGUUCCAACAAGGCAUCCAGGAAAAUUUUAUUCCCUUGUACAAAGUCCACAACAGUUCAAACAAUUAUUGAUGGUAGGUGGAAUUGAUAGGUAUUUUCAAAUUGCUCGGUGUUAUAGAGAUGAAGGUGCAAGACACGAUAGACAACCUGAAUUCACACAGUUAGAUAUCGAAAUGUCAUUUGCUGAUCAAAAGGGUAUAAUGGAGUUAAUUGAAAAUCUGUUAAAGUACAGUUGGCCAGAAACUAUAACUACACCUUUUAAACGCUUAACUUAUGAUGAUGCAAUGAGAUUGUAUGGUACAGAUCAACCAGACUUGAGAAUACUUUAUGAAAUUCAGUAUCUUAAACAAAUUAUUAAUAUGACUGUAUUGGAGGAAAAUAUUAAGUUAACAAAUAGUAAAGAUUGCGAAGUUUGUGCUUUGGUUUUUCCCAAUAAACAUGAAUACUUAACACGUUCUGUUAAGGAAGAAUUUAAUGAUAUAAAAAACAAAUAUUUUUCAGCUACCAGAUUGUUUCAAAUAAAAAUUUCUGAUAAUUCUUGGAAAUUACAAUUGGACAAAUUAUUUUCCUCAAAUAUAACAGAAAAUAUAAUACAAAUGUUGAAUUUGAACAUUGGAGACAUUCUAUUUUUAACCAUUGGUCCUAAGCUUGAUUCUCAAAAACUUUUAGGAAAAUUACGAAUUGAAUUUACAAAUAUAUUGGAAAAUAAUAAUUUAAAAAUACGUUCGUCUGGCUAUAACUUUUUAUGGCUUAUUGAUUUUCCAUUAUUUGAAGUAAAUGAAUCACAGUUAUUAAAAAGUAUGCAUCAUCCAUUUACACAACCUCAUGCAGAAGAUAUGAAAUAUCUUGUAACAAAUCCUGAAAAGGUACGAGGUUUACAUUAUGAUUUAAUUUUAAAUGGUUCAGAAAUAGGAGGAGGAUCAGUAAGAAUUCACGAUACAAAUCUUCAAAAACAAAUAUUAAAAAUGUUAGACAUAAAUGAAGAACAACUUUCACAUAUGCUUGAAGCAUUAUCUAGUGGUGCACCACCUCAUAGUGGAAUAGCACUGGGUCUGGAUCGUCUUGUUUGUUUACUCUGUAAUACGGAAAGUAUAAGAAAUGUUAUAGCAUUUCCAAAAACAAUAGAAGGGCGAGACUUAAUGUCUGGAGCUCCUAUUUCAAUUUCUACAGAAGCAAAAGAAUUAUAUCAUAUAAAAACAGUAGAUGAACAAAGUAAUGUUUAAAAUAAAUAUUGUUAAUCCUACAUUUAAUAAAUUUAUUAUAUUUUGGCAAAACUAUACUGCAGACGUUCGUGCAUUUAAAUCAUGAUUUUACAAGAGGAGGGGGAAGGGGAAUAAAGAAUAAAGGACAAGGUAAUCCUUGUGCAUUAAGUUAAUGAAGUGACUGUCUAAUGAAACUUUCUGUCAAAUAAAGUUUUCACAUGAGAUAUUGAUAGUCAAUUUUUCUUAUAACUAUAUUUUGAAUAAUGUACUUUUUAGCAGCUUUUAGUCAAAUAAUUACACUGAUAUGUAGUAUUUUUAAUUGUCAAUAAAAAAAGUUUUUUUAUA